AUAACGCCCCCACCCCCCAGCGCACGCGCUCCCAUUCAAAGCAGCCCGGCUCCGCAGCCGCAGGGCGGCUCAGAGGACGCGCGGCAGAGCCCGGCGCAGCCCUGCCCCGCAGGCGCACGCUUCAGUCCGCCCGCCGGCUGCUGCGGCCGCGGCCGAGCCCUGCAGCCAGCGCGGGAGGCGGCUACCGCUUCUAGGGAGGGGUCUCGCCCGGAACCCCCUCCCUCCCCGCUUGGGGACCAUGGCAAGGCUGGCUGCGCCCUGGCGCACGAGGCUCCUGGUUCGCAUCUUCGGCGGCACCUGGUGCCUGCUCUACGUCGCCGGACAGGUAUGGGGAGACCAAAGCCAAGGAGCUGUUUUCCUGAGGGAAUUUACGCUAAUUCGAAGAGAGAGCCUUCAUGAAGAUUUCCUGUCUGACCUCUUGAAUAGUCACAAAACUGAAGACCCGAGCUCCAGGACAGCACGCUCUGAGGAGGACCGGGAUGGCUUGUGGGACGCUUGGGGCCCAUGGAGUGAAUGCUCACGUACCUGUGGUGGAGGGGCCUCCUACUCUCUGAGACGCUGCCUCAGCAACAAGAGCUGUGAGGGAAGAAAUAUCCGAUAUAGAACAUGCAGUAAUGUGGACUGCCCACCAGAAGCAGGCGAUUUCCGAGCUCAGCAAUGCUCCGCUCACAAUGAUGUCAAGCACCAUGGCCAGUUUUAUGAAUGGCUUCCUGUGUCUAAUGACCCAGACAACCCCUGUUCACUCAAAUGCCAGGCCAAAGGAACAACCCUGGUUGUUGAACUAGCACCUAAAGUCUUAGAUGGGACUCGUUGCUACACAGAAUCUUUGGAUAUGUGCAUCAGUGGUUUAUGCCAAAUUGUUGGCUGUGAUCACCAGCUCGGAAGCACCAUGAAGGAAGAUAACUGUGGAGUCUGCAACGGGGAUGGGUCCACCUGCCGACUGGUCCGAGGGCAGUACAAAUCCCAGCUCUCUGCAACCAAAUUGGAUGAUACUGUGGUUGCUAUUCCCUAUGGAAGUAGACAUAUUCGCCUUGUCUUAAAAGGACCUGAUCACUUGUAUCUGGAAACCAAAACCCUGCAGGGGGCUAAAGGUGAAAGCAGUCUCAGCUCGACAGGCACCUUUCUUGUGGACAAUUCUAGUGUGGACUUCCAGAAAUUUCCAGACAAAGAGAUUCUAAGAAUGACUGGACCACUCACAGCAGAUUUCAUUGUCAAGAUCCACAACUCAGGGCCCGCUGACAGCACAGUCCAGUUCAUCUUUUAUCAGCCUAUCAUCCACCGAUGGAGGGAGACAGAUUUCUUUCCUUGCUCAGCAACCUGUGGAGGAGGUUACCAGCUGACAUCGGCUGAGUGUUACGAUCUUCGGAGCAACCGUGUGGUUGCGGAUCAGUACUGUCACUAUUACCCAGAGAACAUCAAACCCAAACCCAAACUUCAAGAGUGCAACUUGGAUCCUUGCCCAGCCAGUGACGGAUACAAGCAGAUCAUGCCUUAUGACCUCUACCAUCCCCUUCCUCGGUGGGAGGCCACCCCGUGGACCGCGUGCUCCUCCUCGUGUGGGGGGGGCAUCCAGAGCCGGGCAGUUUCCUGUGUGGAGGAGGACAUCCAGGGGCAUGUCACCUCAGUGGAAGAGUGGAAAUGCAUGUACACCCCUAAGAUGCCCAUCGUGCAGCCCUGCAACAUUUUUGACUGUCCUAAAUGGCUGGCACAGGAGUGGUCUCCGUGCACGGUGACAUGCGGCCAGGGCCUCAGGUAUCGGGUGGUCCUCUGCAUCGACCAUCGUGGAAUGCACACAGGAGGUUGUAGCCCCAAAACCAAGCCCCACAUAAAAGAGGAAUGCAUCAUACCCACUCCCUGCUAUAAACCCAAAGAGAAACUUCCGGUAGAGGCCAAGCUGCCAUGGUACAAGCAAGCUCAAGAGCUAGAAGAAGGAGCUGCCGUGUCAGAAGAGCCCUCGUUCAUCCCGGAAGCCUGGUCAGCCUGCACGGUUACCUGUGGUGUGGGGACCCAGGUGCGAAUGGUGAGGUGCCAGGUGCUCCUGUCUUUCUCCCAGUCCGUGGCUGACCUGCCUGUUGAUGAAUGUGAGGGGCCCAAGCCAGCAUCCCAGCGUGCCUGUUAUGCAGGACCAUGCAACGGGGAAGCUCCUGAGUUUAACCCAGAAGAGACAGAUGGCCUCUUCGGCGGCCUGCAGGAUUUCGACGAGCUGUAUGACUGGGAGUAUGAGGGCUUCACCAAGUGCUCCGAGUCCUGUGGAGGAGGUGUCCAGGAGGCUGUGGUGAGCUGCCUGAACAAACAGACGCGGGAGCCUGCUGAUGAGAACCUGUGCGUGACCAGCCGCCGACCCCCCCGGCUCCUCAAAUCUUGCAGUUUGGAUCCCUGCCCGGCCAGGUGGGAAAUUGGCAAGUGGAGUCCAUGCAGUCUCACCUGUGGGGUUGGCCUACAGACCAGAGAUGUCUUCUGCUCCCACCUACUUUCCAGAGAGAUGAAUGAAACUGUAAUCCUGGCCGAUGAGCUGUGUCGUCAGCCCAAGCCCAGCACAGUGCAAGCUUGUAACCGCUUCAACUGCCCCCCAGCCUGGGACCCGGCACAGUGGCAGCCAUGUUCCCGAACCUGUGGCGGGGGCAUCCAGAAGCGUGAGGUUCUUUGCAAACAGCGCAUGGCUGAUGGCAGCUUCCUGGAGCUUCCUGAGACCUUCUGUUCAGCCUCAAAACCGGCCUCCCAGCAAGCCUGCAAGAAAGAUGACUGUCCCAGCGAGUGGCUCCUCUCCGACUGGACGGAGUGUUCCACAAGCUGUGGGGAAGGCACCCAGACUCGAAGUGCCAUUUGCCGGAAGGUGCUAAAAACCGGGGUCUCGGCCAUUGUCAAUUCCUCCCUGUGCCCUCCCCUGCCGUUCUCUUCAUCCAUCAGGCCCUGCAUGCUGGCAACCUGUGCACGGCCGGGACGGCCAGCCACCAAGCACAGCCCUCACAUUGCGGCCGCCAGGAAGGUCUACAUCCAGACGCGCCGGCAGAGGAAGCUGCACUUUGUCGUGGGGGGCUUCGCCUACCUGCUCCCCAAGACGGCUGUGGUGCUGCGCUGCCCCACGCGGCGCUUCCGCAAGCCCCUGAUCACGUGGGAGAAGGACGGCCAGCACCUCAUCAGCUCGGCGCACGUCACCGUGGCCCCUUUCGGCUACCUGAAGAUCCACCGCCUCAAGCCCUCUGACGCGGGCAUCUACACCUGCUCUGCCGGACCCGCCCGGGAGCAGUUUGUCAUUAAGCUCAUCGGAGGCAACCGGAAGCUGGUGGCCCGGCCCCUGAGCCUCAGGAGCGAGGAUGAGGCCCUCGCGGUGAGGAAGGCCAGCCCAAAGGAGGCCCUGCAGACCCACAAACACCAGAACGGAAUCUUCUCUAACGGCAGCAAGGCUGAGAAGCGGGGCCCCGCCGCAGACCCGGGGAGCCGCUACGAUGACCUCGUCUCCCGGCUGCUGGAGCAGGGUGGCUGGCCCGGGGAGCUCCUCGCCUCCUGGGAGGUGCAGGACUCCACGGAAAGGAACACGUCUUCCGAGGAGGACCAGAAUGCCGAUCAGGCCCUCUGGCACCUGCCCUUCACCAUGGUGACCGAGCAGAGGCGCAUGGACGACAUACUCAGGAACCUCUCCCAGCAGCCUGAGGAGCUUCGAGACGUCUACGGCAAGCACCUGGUGGCCCAGCUGGCCCAGGAGAUCUUCCGCACCCACCUGGAGCACCAGGACGCGCUGCUCAAGCCGUCUGAGCGGAGGCUACCCCCGGUGGCCAUCCCCCCUCAUAAGCACGUGUCUGGUUUCAGCAGCUCUCUCCGGACCUCGUCCGCUGGGGAGGCCGGGGGUGGCUCUCGCCGGCCCCAUCGCAAGCCCACCAUCUUGCGGAAGAUCUCAGCUGCCCAGCAGCUCUCGGCCUCCGAGGUGGUCACCCACCUCGGGCAGACUGUGGCCCUGGCCAGCGGGACACUAAGUGUGCUCCUGCACUGUGAGGCCGUCGGCAACCCAAGGCCUACCAUCAGCUGGGCCAGAAACGGAGAAGAGGUUCAGUUCAGCGACAGGAUUCUUCUACAGCCAGAUGAUUCCUUACAGAUCCUGGCACCAGUGGAAGCUGAUGUGGGUUUCUACACUUGCAAUGCCACAAAUGCCUUGGGAUAUGACUCUGUCUCCAUUGCCGUCACAUUAGCAGGAAAGCCACUAGUGAAGACAUCACGAGUGACUGUGAUCAACACUGAGGAGCCUGCAAUCACAGCUGAUGUAGGAAGCACCAUCAAAACAGUGCCAGGAGUGAAUGUGACCAUUAACUGCCAAGUUGCAGGUGUGCCCGAAGCCGAAGUCACUUGGUUCAGGAAUAAAAGCAAACUGGGUUCCCCUCACCAUCUGCACGAGGGCUCCUUGCUGCUCACAGACGUGUCCUCCUCAGAUCAGGGCCUCUACUCCUGCAGGGCAGCCAAUGUGCACGGAGAGCUGACGGAGAACACACAGCUGCUGAUCCUAGAUCCCCCCCAAGUCCCCACACAGUUGGAAGACAUCAGGGCCUUGCUUUCAGCCACUGGACCGAACCUUCCUUCAGUGCUGACAUCUCCUCUGGGAGCACAGCUGGUCCUGGAUCCUGGGAAUUCUGCUCUCCUUGGCUGUCCCAUCAAAGGUCAUCCUACCCCAAAUAUCACCUGGUUCCAUGGUGGUCAGCCAGUUGCCACUGUCCCAGGACUGACACAUCAUAUAUUGGCAGCUGGACAGAUUCUCCAGGUUGCAAAUCUUAGUGGCGGGUCCCAAGGGGAAUUCAGCUGCCUUGCACAGAAUGAGGCAGGAAUGCUUGUGCAAAAAGCCUCUUUGGUGAUCCAAGAUUACUGGUGGUCCGUGGACAGACUGGCAACCUGCUCAGCCUCCUGCGGUAACAGGGGCGUUCAGCAACCCCGCCUGAGGUGCCUCCUGAACAGCACAGAGGUCAACCCCACCCACUGUGCAGGGAAGGUGCGCCCUGCCGUGCAGCCCAUCGCAUGCAAUCGGAGAGACUGCCCUUCUCGGUGGAUGGUGACCUCCUGGUCUGCCUGUACGCGGAGCUGUGGGGGAGGUGUCCAGACCCGCCGGGUGACCUGCCAGAAGCUGAAAGCCUCUGGAAUCUCCACUCCUGUGUCCAAUGACAUGUGUACCCAGCUUGCCAAACGGCCAGUAGACACCCAGGCCUGUAACCAACAGCUCUGCGUGGAGUGGGCCUUCUCCAGCUGGGGCCAGUGCAAUGGGCCUUGCAUCGGGCCUCACCUAGCCGUGCAACACAGACAAGUGUUCUGCCAGACACGGGAUGGCAUCACCUUACCAUCAGAGCAGUGCAGUGCCCUUCCAAGGCCCGUGAGCACCCAGAACUGCUGGUCAGAAGCCUGCAGCGUACACUGGAGGGUCAGCCUGUGGACCCUGUGCACGGCGACCUGCGGCAACUAUGGCUUCCAAUCCCGGCGUGUGGAGUGUGUGCACGCCCGCACCAACAAGGCAGUGCCUGAACACCUGUGCUCCUGGGGCCCCCGGCCGGCCAACUGGCAGCGCUGCAACAUCACCCCAUGUGAAAACAGUAUGUUCCAACCCCAAAGAGUCUUCUGCCAAUUCCCCACAGGGCAUCGGGGGCAGAGGGCAGUCCCCAGGACUGACCCUGAGCGUAGGGCAUUGGAGCAGGUUUCCCAAGGAUUGUGAGCUGGGGCCAGAGUUGGGUAUGGUCACAGGGGUGCAUGCAAGCGAGCAAAGAUAUGUAUACGCAUGUCCAGGCCACGAAAGAUGGCUGAGUGUGCCCCCAAGGGCUCGAUCUUGGCCCUGGGCAAAGCCAGGUACUAUUGGCCAAAUGCUAAACGAAGUCAGCCUCCAGCUCACCCGCAGUAGUUUGGCUGGUACCCAGGGGACGACAACCAGUGCCUCCUGGGGGCCGGGCUACUAGACAGAAAGCACCGUUUGCACUAGAAGAGCACACAGAGUGCCUCCUGCCCAGCUGGCCUUGUGCCCAUCAUGGCUCUGCUUCUCACAGAACAAGGACCGGCUGCCCUCCCUCCUUCCCAACCCACGGGCACCCACCGGAACUGUGCAGGAGCCCAUGCCCUUGAGAUCUACUCUUUCACUCCCUCCUCCCUCAAGUCUGGAUCCUCCUCUGCCCAACACCGGCAUUUGUAUCCCAGUUGGAUAUUUUUUUCUUCCUCUGGACCCAAAACAAACUGGAGGUCCUUCCCCCCAGGAAAGAAGACAAAGUAUGAGACAAAGAAUACAAAGUUUUUAAAUGUUGCCAUGCAGUUUUCCCCUAAACGGGGCCUCUCUGAGCAUGAGAUUUCCAACGCUGAGGCAGAUGUCCUGUAGGCAAAUUGUCCCACUGCCUAUACACUGGGGAGGGAUGAUCUUUGUUCUCUGUGUGGUGCUGACCCAUCUUUAUGUCAAGAGCUCACCACAGUUAGCACUAAUGUUCAGUCAAAGUAUUUCAGACUUCCUAUGUUGGUCACAGAAGUCCACAACCCAAAUCGGCACCAAUAGCUAAGGACCAUCUCGUUUGUGCCAAUACUGAACUAGAGGCCACAGUGCUCGGGCAAGACAUGGUCAGGGGAAGGAGUAGAGAGGCUUGGGUGGACAGUGUUAAGAAACUUUCACGGAGGAAAGAAAGCUCACAUUCCAGGGGAUGAGGCCAUCAACCAGGGCCUCAUUGCACACCACGUCAGAGUGGCGCAGCAUUGAGUCCUUCUGGGAACCAGCUCGAGGAGAGCCACUUAAAUACCACGGGGAAAGGCCAGCUUGCCUUAGAAGGUCAGGCGGUCCCGAGGAGAGGGAGAUGAACAGCGCCCUCCGGAAGGAAGCGUGCCAUCAGAAAGGCAGUAGAACAGGCCAAGGGUUGGGCCAUGUCAGCCGGCCAACAACGGCAGCCUGUUGGCAGGCUGGGAGGCAGGUGGCUGAGUGCCACCAGAGCGAGGCCAGUGCAGAGAUGCUGGACAGCAGGGGCCCCUCCAGCAUGGGAGUCCAGUGCCCAAGGCAGACCCCAGGAAGCACCCAGUGGCCACAGCCUUUAGCUCCAUUUCACAUCUUUCUUUUGUCCCCUUUCCCAGUGGAGUGCAGAGAUACUACCAGGUACUGCGAGAAGGUCAAACAGCUAAAACUCUGCCAACUCAGCCAGUUCAAAUCUCGCUGCUGUGGGACUUGCGGCAAAGCGUGAAGACAGGGCCCAGGGAAGAACUCUACCCUGGCCACACAGAGGACUCCCGCCACCACCUUGGACAGAACUUAAGCUCUCUUCGUUUAUUUAUUUAUUUUCCUCUCCCCACCCCCACCCCACACACCCUCGUCCAACCUCCUCCCCCACCCCAGACAUGAGGACCUCGGCAUGUCCUCUCUCUCGGUUCACUGGAGAACAGAAUGUGGGGGAAAGACAAGGAAAGGGGUCUACAGGAGGUUGCAGAGCAGACGCCUCGUCUUCCCAAACCCAGGUCCCGAAAAGGCGGAGGAAGAGGCAGGCGUGGCUCCUGGGGACAGCAGGGAGGCAGAGCCAGUGGCAGACGAGAGAUGGGAGGGUAGGCCACAGAGCAUUUGCAAAGCAUUGGUACAGACUCCAGACAACCAGCUGUGUCUUUCCUGGCAGCACACCGUCCACACGGGAGUGUGCUUCUGCUUUGUGUCCUCCUCUGCCUCAGCCUUGGGAAGAGCAGGCAGGGAGGGGAGGACACUAUCGGAAGGCAAAACCCAGGCCAGAACUCAGCUCUUCUGCCGGGGAGCAUCAAGAACUCCAAGCCCGGAUACAGAGCAGUAAGGAGGAGACCAUCCAAGUAGGCCCGAAGCACACUUGAUGCAGAAAACCACGUGGGGGCUGGGGCGGGGAGGAGACAGAAGCAAAAAGAAACCUGUGCAUGGUCCUCAGCGGGGAAGUGCAGGUAGAUGGGGAGGAGUGAGGAGGCUCGGGGAAGGGGCCCUCUGGAUUCUGCUGCCCUCGCAGAGGGCACACUGCCUUCUAGGAGACCUGCCCCCCCUGAGGUGCAGGGGAGUCCCCACUCCCCACACUGUCUCAGACUUCUGCCUAUACCCCCCUAGCAAAGCCAGCGAGACAUCAAGAUCUACUUGUUCAGUUGAGCGGCCCCUCUCAUCUCUCUCUACAUCAAGAGUCCCCCCCCUCCCCAACCCCAGCCCAGAACGAUACUGCUGAUGUGGGUCAAGGGCAUUCUGAGCAAGAAUAGGCUGGGGUUUCUGCCUGUAUGGCCUUUGCUGCCCGACUUGAGGGCCAGGGGUGGGGUUCAAUUUGCCAGAUGGUAUCCAUCAGGUCACAGUAGCUGCUUCCAGAACGGGCCGGGGCCCGUUCAGGGUGGGACAGCGGGCUUGUGCGGGCCCACUGUAAGAGCGGCGCUCCCAUUUAUACAGCAGCUUGGGGCAGGGUGAUGGGGUGCGGUGGCAAAGCCAUAGGAUAACUAAAGCUCGCAAGAGGGUCCUCAAAGGCUUUUCAACCUGUUCCCUACACACACUGAAGUACUAUGAACCUUACAGCAAUUAAUAUCCACCCAGUUUUGGUAAUCCAGUCAGCAAGGCAGCACACACACUUGCAGUAAUGCGGGUCAGCUAGAGUAACAUGGCUGCAGCAAAGUCUAGGGGCAAACCUGAAAUCCUGGGACCAUUUGGCAAAUUGUUCUUUCAGCAAAGGGGUUUGGGUGAGUGGUUUUGGCCACCUCCCCCUUGAGUGGACACCGUUCAAUAGCCAGGGCAGCGUGGCCACACUCACUCACCCCUCAGCCAGCCUGCUCCCCCCUCACAUACAGACUCGCAAAAUGCCACCCAGCCCCGGGCCACCACCAAUACCAGGGCUGUGUUUUCCAGCCCACCUGGAAGUCAAAGAUGGGGGGAAGACGGUAUUAAGCUGUGUCCUCCCCAGGUGAGCUACGGACAAUUAAGGUGGGUCUCUUUCUUCCUCACCACAAUGGGCUCUAAGAAGUCAUGUUACUAAAAAAUCAGCGUAAUGUUUAUUUAAAAUAAAAGAGAAUGUUUUCUAUGUCUGUAUAUCUUUUGUGAAUAUUUAUUAGGAUUUCUUGUAUAAAAACGUGCAAUAUUAAUAAUUGUACAUUGUCAUUCAGAAAACAAAGUAUUUGGGGGACUUUUUUAUUAACUUCCUGCAGUUGUGUUCCUGUAAACUCUGGUAACUAUUGUAUUGUUCCUAUUUUUAAUAGAGGCUGAUGUUUAACUCUGGAUCCAUUCACUGUGUACAGAACACAUUGUAAAGCUAACAUGGGAUGACAGGGCAAGAAGAGGGGACUCGUUUGUGACACAAUAGUUAUGCAUGGAAUGGAGAAUACAAAUUCCAUACUGCUACUAAUGUGGUUGGUUAUUUGUAGUUCAAUAGCUGUUGAGAACCAGUGGCCAAUAUUUACAUUUUCUAAAUAGCCAGUGUCCUCCAGCUCCGCCUCGUGUCAGAUUGGAGCCGUUGGAGGGGGCCUCAGAGCCAGCUCGGAGGACCUAGGUUUGGGGUGGGAAGCAGCGUGCUCCUUGCAUGAGAUGAAUGUACAUUUACUGUUUGUUCUGUGAAUUGUGACUCAGCAGCAACACAAGAUGAUUAGAGCUGCUGAAUAAUAUGGAAGGAGGCACUUUCCUCCUCUAAAACACAAAACUGUAUUUAUAUUUUUUGUACAGAUAAUACAGCUUAUUUAUUUAA